CCGGGCUGCAGUCCAACCGGGGUGUCCCCCACAUGAGCAAGCCCUGCCGCAGGGUGGACACCCCAGGGUGCGUGGGGUGGUGGCGGCUCGGCUCUGCCAGCAGGAUCGAGCCUCCCCCGGCAAGAUGGGAGACCCCUUUGGCCACUGGAGCAACCCCCCGUCCCGGAGCGAAUAUGACGACAGCUCCCCGCUCCGACGCUCCAACAGCUUCGCCCGCCCCAGCGGGAAAAACAUCUACAACCAGCGCAAGGACUACGGCCAGACCCUGCUCAAGCCACAAAGUGAUUUCCAGCACCAUGUCGAGCACCUGCUCACGGUGCGCCUGGAGAGGGACAUCCGUGGCACGGAUGACUGCCUGGCGCGCCUGAAGGUGCUGGAGGCCCAGGGACGAGUCUGGGGGCAGGAUCUCAUCCUGCAAGUCAAGGACCAGGAAUUGGUGCUGAGGGAUGUGGAAAGCAAGGAGGAGCUGGAGGCUUACCCGCUGGGCAGCGUGCAGGGGUGCUCGGCUGCGCUGGACGUCUGUGGCUACGACUCGGUGCUGGCCAUCAGCGUGCAGGAGCGAAGUCCCCCGGGAACCAGCGUCCUGCUCUUCCAGUGCGAGCGUCUGGGGGCAGAGACGCUGAAGAGCAGCCUGGAGAAGCUGAUGAAGCAGUGGAAGGAGGAGCAGAGGAGUCAGUACGGGCACAGGAGCAGCCUGGACAUGCCACCGCGCCAGGCCCCCCCGUACGCUCAGGGUCCCUACACAGCCCCAGAGCGGUGGGCAGAGACCCCCAAGCCCAACAUCCGCGCGCCCCCCCAGCGUGAGCUGCCCUCAGACUAUGCAGGCUUGCUGGACACCCAGCAGAUGCCGUGGACCAACCCCCUGGGCCAGGUCAUGUCCAACGUGGACCGAGAUGUUGAGGUCCUCAACCACGUGCUGAACGACUUGGACCUCUUCGUGGUGCAGCUGAAGACGGCCCUGGGCUUGGCCAGCAACACCAAGCAGAAGAAGAAGAAGAAGAAGAACAAAGGCGCUCUACCCUCCACGGAUGACUUCGUGGACUUUUUCCAGAAGGUGAAAUAUGCCCUCAACCUCAUGGGAAGGACCCACCGGCACGUGCAGGAGCCAGACCCCGCCGAGCUGCUGCGUCUCAUCUUCACGGCCCUCUCCUUCGUCCUGGACCACUGCCCCAACGCCAGCCUGGCCCCGGCGGUGGAGGUGCCGCUGCUGGUGCCGGAGGUGGUGGAGCUGCUGGAGCAGACCCUGCACCAGGAUGACUACAGCACCUGGAAGAGCCUGGGCAUUGCCUGGAACAGCACCAGGGCAGAGUACCCCAACGGCGAGCUGGUGCCCCGCUACAUCCCCGUCUUCUCGGACGGGUGGCUGCCCCCUCCGGUGGAGCAGUCACCAGCCACCGGCCAGAGGGACAACGGCGGCCAAGAGCCCCCCCGCCCCGCCCAGGGGCUGGCACGAUCCCUGUACGAGUUCCAGGGCAGGAACCCGCAGGAGCUGAGCGUCAGGAUGGGGGACACGCUGCAGAUCCUGGACCAGCGGAAGAAGUGGUGGCUGGUGCAGGACGGCCAGGGGAAGAAGGGCUACAUCCCCAGCAACAUCCUGGAGCCCCUGGGGCAGUGGCAGGGCCCCAGCCAGGUGGGUGUCCCCACUCCCACCCCCUCCCGCCACCAGGAGAGGGUGGCAGGGGGCCACCCUGCUGUCCUCUCCCCUUGUCCCCCGUUCCAGGACAGCCCCCCCAACCUGCACCCCGACUCCUCGCCGGCAGAGGUGACAGCCUGGCUGAAGGACAAGGGCUUCUCGAGGAUCACGGUGCGGUGCCUGGGGGUGCUGGGGGGGCACCAGCUGCUGCAGAUGAGUCCGGCCGAGCUUCGAGCCGUCUGCCCCGAGGAAUGGCGGCGAGUCCUCUUCAAGCUCUCUGCCGUCAGGACGUCCCUGGGGAUGGGCCCCAGGGACUGAGCCACCGGUGUCCCCACACUGUCCCCACCCCACGCUUCCCAGGAUGGAGCACUGCAGGACCCAGGGGGGCUCGGGGGGGACAAGACUCCCACACCCCCCGCCCCGCCAGGCCCCCCCAAGACAGAGAGUCACUGCUUGGUGGUUAGGGGACACAUCCCCCCCAAAGCCACAAGGCUGCUGGGACCCCCCCGCCGCACCAGAGGGCUCUUGGGGAUCCCUGCCCCCGGGAGAUGCGCUGCCAGACCCCCAGUGGUGAGGUGGGGGGCAGGCAGCCCCCCCGGGGGGGUCCGGCACCGUGAAUCGUGUGUGCGCCCCACAAAAUGUAAAGCGACUGCUGUGGCAAAUAAAGAGUGA